GCGCUGUUUCUCGGGGCAAGUGCUAGCCUUGGCCGGUAAGGGCUUGCCGAAAGGAAAUACGGGUGCUGACCCUGCUCGGUGUCGCUCUCUUCAGCGAUGGCAGCGUGGGAGGCCGCCGAAAUGUCCUUCUUCAGUCUGAGCGACGUGAGGGAGCGGAUGCGGGAGAAGAAAAAGGGUGCCUUGAGGACUGCGAAGUUGAAUGCCUCGCUUGCAUCGAAAAUCAAAACGAAGAUCAUCAACAACUCCUCCAUUAUGAAAGUCUCCCUAAAGCAGAACAAUAAAGCAUUGGCUCUGGCCCUCAAUGCAGAGAAAGCCAAUGCACAGCGGCUCACGCAGGAGAAGACCAUCUUACAGAAGGAGGUGAAGCAGUGCCACUUCCAGAACGCUGUGCUGCGGCACAGGCUCUCCUUCCUGAAUGAUAUGUUGAAAAAAAUGGACAAUCUUAUGGCUGCAGUUAAGAUGGCUGAGCUGUCUGAGUUCCAUAUAAAUUCUGCAUCCUUGUGCAGUGGCCAGAAGAGCAUCAUGACUGAAGAUAGCUGGUCUGAUGAUAUUGCAGAUGGUCAGCUUCUGAGGGUUACACAGAUACCGAUGAGAGUGCCCAUUUCCAAGCUGCAUGAUGCAGAGCAGCAAGCUGGCAGCUCCACAGCACUACAAACAUCCUCAGGAGAACUUCAGAGACCUGCUUCUAAUGCAGGAGAACUUCAGAGACCUGCUUCUAAUGAGACCUUGAAAAUUGUGCCUGUUGCCCCCAAAAAUACUUUGCCACCACAGCACGAUGAGGACCCUCAGUUCCACCAGGAAGAGAAUGGCAAAAAGGUGACUGAAGCAGUGGCAACAGAGGAGGCUUUUCAUGACUGUCACAUAUUUGGAGAUGUCUUGUGCAGCACUGAACAAAAUCCCAACAAUUUGCCAACGCUUGCCUUGGAAAGUCAUACUCUUUCAUAUGAGGCCAAUGAGAUGGCAAAACAUUUAUUUGAUCGUCUCUCACAAGGGCACGUUACUCAGAGGAGAAAGCGUUCCACCCUGUUUGCUACAAGCACUCCAUCUUCUGCUCUGGAUAUCUUCCCACAUGUCAGUUCCACUCAGGCAGCUUGGGGUAGUACUGCACAGGACAACAGCAGCUCCAGCAAGAAAAACACACAGCAACAGCUGCGAUCUCCCAGCCCCCUGGCUUCACCGGCUCAAGCUGCUGUUGUUUCUCAUAGAAACUCUGUGGGUAAAGAGACCUUUUGUGAGCAGCCACAGACAAAAGAAAUGGGGUGUGGUGUUGAAAGGGACCCUAGCUAUAGCCAGGUCCCUGAGUUUGUUCCUGAAAAGGUUAAAAGCAAAGGUAAGUGUAAAAUCAGAGAGAAAAAGACUGUUAAAAAAGCAAGAACAGGAAAAAAGAAAACAACUGCAAUUAAAACCAAUACAGCAAGUAGUCCCGACAGAUCUCAAGGUGAAGAGUGUGCUCAAAAUGCACAGAAGCUUCUUCAGCCAAAUGUUGCAACAAGUUCUAGUGAGAUGGGGCAGAAGGCAUGUGAGGGGGCUUUUGACAAGAGGAAAAGAGAUUGUGGUGUGGAGCGCCAUUCCCACUCUCCUGAUGGAGUCCAAGACUUUGGAAGUACAUGUGAGGUGAACCCAGCACAGCUGCAGAGUCUUGAAAGUGUUGACUUAAUGCAGCAGGUUAAGAAGGGACCUAUCUUUGAGAUGCAAAGUAUGGAGAGCUUGCUAAAACCCCCAGUUCAUACCUUCUCAAGUCAUGAAAUUCCCUCAGGUGAUUCCAGUCUACAGAAUUCACUUUUCUUGGGGAAAGAGACCUCCAGUGCCUGUGCUUUGCAAGAAGACCCAAGUGUUAUCAGAUAGAAAAAAAUCAAGAGAAAAACUAGUAAUUGG